UCUUUUUCUUGUAAUUUAAAGCUAGUUUAACUAAAAUGUCUAACACAGAAUUUGCUCGUUCUGUACUGGAUACAAAUUUUAUAAAUUUUGAUGAUGAAGUUAAAAGGAUAUUAAAAAAAGAUGCUCGUGGAUUUACUAAAUCGUCAUAUGCAAGUACAAGUUCAGUAACAAGUUCAUCAUCUGCUACAGAUAGCAAUGCUAUCGGAAUAUCUCGAUGUGACGCUUCACUAAAACUUGAUGAUGUCAUAACUUCUGAACUUAUGGAAGUUUUGCGAAGAGUGGCAAAGAAGGUUGCCUCAACAAAUGCUAAAAUUGAAGAUGAAACCGUUGAAAUGUUGGUCGAUAUCCUAGUCGACAGAAUUAAUCAUGCACUUGAACUUGUCGUAGGAAAAAAUAAAGUUGAUUCUUUUACAUGCAAACAUUGUUGGGAAUUAAUUUAUGAACCGCUAACGUUACCGUGUGGACAUACUUAUUGUAAAAACUGUGUUAAGAAAAUGUUGCAAUGCAGAGAAUGCAAGAAGAAAAUCAUGUUAAAAUCAUAUAGUUCCAAUAUUUUGUUAAUGAGCACUCUUCAAAAGCUACAUUCAACUGAAUAUGUCGGACGUUCUAUUAAAGAAGAAGGAGAUAUAUUAAUGACAAAUGAACAAUAUGAAAGUGCAGUUUUAAAAUAUAUGGAUGCAAUGGAAUUCACGCCCCAUAGCCGAUCCGCCAAUAUUUGUCGCGCAAAAGCAUUUUUAAAUCUUGAAAAUAUAGACGGAGCUUAUGAAGAUGCCAAAAAUGUAGAAACCUUCGCAAGAAACAUGCCAGAGGAUCAUUAUACAAAAGGUGAGGUGCUGCUCGCCGCCAAGAAACACGGCGAAGCUUUAAUGAGCUUCCUCUCUUGUCUGGCGAUUGAUCAAUUAAACACAAAUUGUAUGGCUCAAGUUAAAAAGCUUUUAAAGACCAUAUUGAUGAAAGAAGUUGACAGCCACAAGAUAAUAUUAAAAAGGCAAAGAGAUGUGUUCCUGUCUGCUGUCAGCGAUAAUUUGAAUAGACGAGACGGAAUGUUUCCGAAUAUUGAGACAACUCUUCCUCCAUCAGCAAAACGACAAAAAAUAGAAACGUCAACUACCUCAUUUUUCAACGACCUUUUGAACUCUUCGAGCAGCUCAAGUCAAGGAACGUCCUCCUCAGAUUCUCUUCUCACAUCAUUAUUGAGCGAUAUUGAAUCAAGUCUACUGAGUGAUAGCAACCUUGAAAAGUAUUUGGAAACAACGCAAAAAGAAACAGAAACAAAGCAAUUUGUAAGGUGUGUCGAUAGAGGAAACAUAGAAAGUUCUGAUUUUGAGUGCAGUUUAUGUAUGCUCCUGUUAUUUAACCCUGUAUGCACACCAUGCGGACAUACAUUUUGUCGAGAAUGUCUAGAAAGGUCAAUGGAUCAUGACAAUAAAUGUCCUUUAUGCAAAUGUGAGAUUUCAUUUAAUAUUACGGACAAAAAUAUUCAUUCAUCUCCGACGAUUGAUACUUCACUAAAACAAGUAAUUGAAGACAUUUUGCCUGACGAAUAUGUAGAACGAUUAGAACAACAUAACGAAGACGUCCAAGAAUUAUUAGCUUCUACUCCAGUAUUCGUUUGUACAAUGGCAUAUCCCACAAUUCCAUGUCCACUCCAUUUCUUCGAACCAAGAUAUCGUUUAUUGUUACGAAGAGCGUUAGAUCUUCAUGAUCGCCAGUUUGGAAUUUGUACUCCUUGCGAUGAAAACCCAUUUUACAAGUUUGGAACAAUUGUCAAAAUCCGAAACGUUUCUUUCUUUCCCGAUGGAAGGUCUGUCGUAGAUUGUGUUGGCGUAAGGCGGUUUAUGGUAAAAAGUUAUGGAAAAAAGGAUGGUUACGACACAGCUGAAAUUGAAUAUCUUUCAGACAAACAACCUGAAAAGGAAGAAGACAAAUCAGUUUUGGAGAAACUUCUUGAUUUGAUUUACACCAAAUCAAAGGAUUGGUACGAUAACGUUAAUCCUGGCACAAAAGAUUUGAUAAAAAAGCAUUUUGGUCAAUUUCCAGUGAAAGACGAAAAUAUUUCGGCUGAAGACGGACCGAAUUGGUUAUGGUGGGUGUUGGCUGUGCUACCUAUUGACGACAAAAUGAAACGUACCAUUUUCCACAAAACUGUUUUGAAAGAACGUUUGAUUCUUAUUCACCGAAUAUUAGCCUGCUUGAAAAAAAAGAUGUCGCAUGGCGGUACUUCAUCAUAAAAUUCACACAAUUCCAAUUUCUCAUGGACUCGAUUUGUCCAAUGAAAGUAUUCUUCGUAUGCGCUUAGUGGUUUUAUAAACUUGUCAGUAUUUUGAACAGAAAGACAAUUUCCAGCAGUAUUACAAAAUAAACUGGGAUAAAAUUGUCCAUACUGUACUGUUCUUCUACUGUCAAUAUUCUGUAAUCAUGGUUCAGGGUAUUCACUUCAAAUAUUUUCCUUAUUUAUUAAUUUUAUCUUAUAUACUGCCUGUUGCUUUUAACUCCCAUAUUGUGUGGGUGUGUCUUUGUUUUUUACGUUGAAUUUCACAUAUAUAUUUAUUAUUCUUUCCUUUCUCUUGCGAAUAAAUAAUACAUAUAUCAAGUAA